ACGCGACAUCUGGACACGGCGCGGCGCUGGCGCUGCCGGAGCUGUCGGCCCGGCCUGGCGCCGGACUAGCGAGGCAGCCGAGCUGCAGACACAGAGAUGCAGAUCUUUGUGAAGACCCUCACGGGCAAGACCAUCACCCUUGAGGUCGAGCCCAGUGACACCAUUGAGAAUGUCAGUGCGAAAAUUCAAGACAAGGAGGGUAUCCCCCCUGACAAGCAGCGUCUGAUAUUUGCCAGCAAACAGCUGGAGGAUGGCCGCACUCUCUCAGACUACAACGUCCAGAAACAGCCCACCCCGCACCUGGUGCUGCACCUGCGAGGUGUCAUUAUUGAGCCUUCACUCUUCCAGCUCGCCUAGAAAUACAACUGAAACAAGAUGAUCUGCCAUAAGCGCUAUGCUCUCCUGCACCCCUAUGCUGUCAAUUGCCGCAAGAAGAAUUGUGGCCACACCAACAACCUGCGCCCCAAGAAGGUCAAAUAAGGCUCUUCCUUCCUCGGAGGGCAGCCUCCUGCCCAGGCCCCGUGGCCCUGGAGCCUCAAUAAAGUGUCCCUUUCAUUGACUGGAAAAAAAAAAAAGUAUGAAUAGAA